AUGACACUUUCUCUUGUCAGCGACGGAUCCGGCUUCAUCGGUCUGCAUCUAGUGAGCCUGCUCCUCGAAAAAGGCCAGAAAGUGCACACCACCAUCCGAAGUCUCAAGAACAUCCCCAAAUGCAAGCCCCUUCUAGACCUCCGAUCCAAAUACCCUGGACACCUCUCCCUCUUCGAAGCAGACCUCAUGAAGCCCAACUCCUUCACUCAAGCUAUGCAAGACUGCACGAUCAUCUACCACGUCGCUUCUCCGUUCCUCGUUCACAGCAGAUCAAAGACGGAGAACGUCCUGGAAUCAGUCAACAAAUGCCAGACCGUUCAACGAGUAGUCCUGACCUCCUUCAUUGCAGCCAUGUACGGCGAUUGCAUCGAAAUCGCCUCCCGGAAGGACAGCACUCUGUCCGAAUCCUGCUGGAACGAAACCAGCAGCACCACAAACAACCUAUACCGUUAUUCCAAGGUCAUUGCCGAACGCGAAGCGUGGAAGAUGCAACAGGUCCAGAACCGUUGGGACCUCGUGGUGAUUAACCCCGGGUUGGUACUUGGUCCCUCGUUGUCCCCCGGGUCUUCCUCCGGGAGUUUGUUCAUGGUUGAGAAUUUGUUCCGUGGUGACAACAAAAUGGGAUGUCCGGAGCUGUAUUUCCCUAUUAUAGACGUGCGGGAUGUGGUUGAGGCGCAUGUCAGAGCUGGGAUGAACCCUGUAGCGAAGGGAGGGUAUAUUGUUGCGGGGGAUCGGAGUAUUUGUUUACUGGAGAUGACGGACCUGGUGAGGCCGGUUCAUCAGAGUCCAAAGGUGUUGCCUCAAUGCUAUCUACCGAAGCUGCUAGUAUAUGCGGUUGGGCCGUUUAUUGGGGUGUCGAUGAGGCGGAUUGCCGGGAAUAUCGGGGUUCGGUUCAAGGUUGAUAAUUCGAGGAGUGUGAGGGAGUUGGGCAUGUCGUAUCGGCUGGAGGAUGAAGUGGUUAGGGGCCAUUAUGAGGAUUGGGUGAAGAGUAUUGGGAGACGGUGA